AUGGUCGAACUCAGGAAACGCAAGGCGGCAGUCCCACUCCCCGUCCCAGAGAAGAAGACCAAACAAGCUCCCAAGCCCAAACAAGAAGAUGUUAUCGAUAAAAAUACUGAAAAAAGCCCCGCGCCAAAGGUCCCUGAGGUGGAUGAUACAAUCGACAUAGAAACUUUCGGUGGCGAGUUUGAAACCAAUGAGGGUGAAAAAACAACUUUGAAGAAGCUCCUCGAGGAGAGCAAGUCGGGCGUGGUGUUCUUUACUUACCCCAAAGCCUCAACACCUGGCUGUACCAAGCAAGCUUGCUUGUUCCGUGAUAACUACACCCACCUGUCUUCUACUGGUCUUUCUAUCUACGGCCUUUCGAGCGACUCCAACAAGGCCAACACUACGUUCAAAACAAGACAAAACCUACCGUACCCUCUUAUGUGUGACCCCCAGGCCGCUCUUAUUGCGGCUAUUGGGUUCAAGAAGUCCCCCAAGGGUACAUUGCGAGGCGUCUUUGCCGUGGAUAAGAAGGGUAAGGUCUUGCUCCGCGAGGCCGGUGGCCCAGACGCGACUGUGGACGCUGUCCAGAAGAUUGUUGCCAAUGCGCCUAGUGUGGAAGCUACCAAGGAGGAAGUUGAUGACGCAAAGUGA